AUGCCGGCGGAACCUUUCAUCCUCAUCUCAUCUGCUGAUUUGCGCCGCCAUGAUAGUCUUAUGUAUCCCGCCGAGACAACCAAUAACAAGGAUGUCAAUAACCCUUUAGCCAGUUUACUUCACUUGCCUCGACUUCCUCGUUCAUCACCCCUUGCUGGCACCGCCCUCAUGCUCGGCAUCGGUAUCUCUCUAGAAUCACGUGUUGUUGCCCGUGGUUUCUUG